UUGGAACACACCCCAUGAGCUGUGACUACACUGAGACUGUACACAGUAGCACUGACUGGGGGACACACGCCUCUCUUAGACCCUUUUUGCGUGUUAAAUCAGUUGUGGCACACACUAUGUAAGCUGCCUGGGUAAAAUAUAUCAUUACAGUUCAUUUCUGUUACCUGCAAUAAUGUCAGUUUCCUCUGAACACACCGAGUUUACAGUGGAGGCAGUAGAGAGGGCUCUUCAGCAGCUGUACUAUGAUCCGGAUAUGGUGCGGAAAGACGUGGCCCAGAAGUGGCUGGCGCAGGCUCAAGUGUCGCCGCAGGCUUGGCACUUCUGCUGGGCGCUGCUGAGCCCGGACAAGGUGCCCGAGAUCCAGUUUUUUGGUGCCAGCACACUGCACGGCAAGAUCUCCAGCAACUGGCAUGACCUCAGUCCUGAGCUUCGCGAGUCUCUUCAAUCUCAGCUCGUCUCCCACGUGUGCCACUUCGCCCUCGGGCCCAAGAUGGUGCUGACUCGGCUCUGCGUGGCCCUGGCUUCUUUGAUCCUUCGCACGCUCCUUGACUCCUGGCCCAGCGCUGUGCCUGAUCUCCUCCAAGCCUUCCAGAGCGCAGAUGGUACAGCUGAAGCAGCCAGUCAGCACCUGGCCCUGUUAGAGGUGCUCACUGUAUUGCCUGAGGAACUCCUGAGCAGGAAGUUCACAUCAGGGAACCGUGCCAGGCUUCAAACUGCCCUGGCGCAAGAGUGGACCUUGUUGUGCCCAUUGUUGAGGGAGCUGCUGAGGUGCGAAGGCUCGGCCUGUGGCGUGAAGGAGCGAGCGCUGCGCUGCCUGCCGUCCUGGCUCCCACUCGGCAUUGAUUUGGGACAGAUCGAAGGAGUGGUGAAAGAUAGCUUAGAGCUUCUUAAAGUGCCUGAGCUUUUUGACACGGCUGUGGAGAGUGUCGUCGGUGCUCUCUCGGUGACUGACUGGCAGAGGUCUGCAGACGGUCUGGUGAAGUUGUUGCCCUGUGUGCUGGAGCUCCAGGAGCAGCUGAAGAGGGCGGUGCAGGACAGAGACAUGGAGACGUCUCACGGGAUCUGUCGCGUUGUCGUUGCUCUCAGCGAAACUCACUGCAGAACAUUGCUGGAACAGAUCGGACACUGGCAGGGUUUCCAGGCGCUGGUCGGUAUGAUUCUGUCAUGCACUGCGAUUCCUGGUCACUACCCGGUGGACGAGACUUCCAGCUCACUGACCCUCACAUUCUGGUACACGCUGCAGGAUGACAUCAUGUCACUGGAUACGGAGAAGCAGACCUUUUAUUUGCAGCUCUACAGACCCAUUUACUUCCAGCUGGUCGACGUUCUGCUGCACAAGGCCCGCUUUCCCGACGAGCACGACUACGCCUCGUGGACUUCUGAUGACAAGGAACAGUUCAGAACAUACAGAGUCGACAUCUCGGACACUCUGAUGUGUGUGUAUGAGCUUUUGGGCCCCGAACUGCUGCGCAAACUGUACGACAAACUGGGAGUGUUGCUGACCGACCCGACACACAUACACUCCUCCCUGUGGCAGGAUGUAGAGGCUCUGCUGUUCGGUUUCCAGUCCAUCGCUGACACGGUGGACGUCAGUUACUCAGACGUGAUUCCCGGACUGAUCGGUCUCAUCCCCCUCAUCUCAUCCAACAACAUCCAGCUCACAGAGACAGUCAUGUUCACGCUAGGCUCGCUGGCCGAGUGGUUGGCCGAUCACCCGGUCAUGGUGCCUGCUGUCCUGCGCGUUGUCCUGCCUGCCCUGUCAGACGCUGACCUCUCCGUGCCCGCCGUCUCCACGCUGAAGAGGAUCUGCCGCGAGUGCAGGCAUCACCUUUACCCUCACGCCAACGACAUCCUGGCAUCCUCACAGGACGCACUCAUUAAGAGGACCCACAAGAGCCCUCAGAGCACGUGGCUGAUGCAGGCUCUGGGAUUUUUACUCUCCGCCAUGCCGGAUGACGAGAUUCAAGACAAAUUGCUUUCUCUCCUCUCGCCUCAUAUCCAGGACCUGGAGCAACUGGCCAAUCAGGCGCCCUCUCCUGCCACUAAACACUCCUCACUUCAGGUUCUGGGUCUGAUCUCCAGCCUCUUCUCCACUCUCGACACGAGCACGCACGCCGACGGACCGGACAGGGUUAAAGGUCGUCGAUUUGCUGCUCACAACAAUCCGGUCGUAGUCGUGCUACGUCAAGUGUUUCCUCUCAUCCAGACAUUUCUGAGCAAGUGGCUGAAAGACACCGAAGUCGUGGAGGCCUCAUGUGCUGUUUUUGAGAGAAGUCUGAAGAUCCUCGGUGGUGAUUUUGCUCCUCUCGUAGCUCAGCUUUGUGAGCUGAUCAGUCAGCUGUACAGCCGCUACCCACAAGCCUCUGCUUUGGAUCUCAUACAGCAGCUGCUUCACGUAUUCGCCUGUGAGAAGGAACACGUCUCGUCGGUCGCUGCGGUUCUGGAGCUCGUCACCAACGUAACCAUGUCGGUUUUUCAGCACGGUGCUAGAGACCAUCCUGAUGUGGUCGAGUCCUUUAUGAAGCUUCAUGCGCAGGUUCUGAAAAGGAAGCCGGAUCUGUACGGCUCCGAGGGUCUGGACAUCAGAGUGGUCUUCUACUGUGGGAUUUUAGCUUUGAAAUUCCCCGAGGCUCCGACUCUCAAGUCCACGUGUGCGCUGUUCACAGAGCUGAUGUCUCACUGCGAGGACGUCCCUGCUGUCCGAGACGUGCUGCAGGAGGACGGCCUGCUGCUUCUUCAGACCCUACUGGAGGCUAUCUGUAUCCAGGCUCCCCUGGGCUUGCUGGAGCACCUGGCUGAGGUUCUGUUCUCCAUCAGUCUCCACUGUCCCAGCUUGCUCGUGACUCGGUUGAGAGACGCCCUGCAGUCUGACGCCUUCCCCUGCGCCUUAAUCACUCCGGAGCACAAGGAUCACUUCUGCCAGCAGAUCCUAAGGUGUUGCUCUGGGAUUUGAUUCGUUAUCGAUAUUGGAACAAGCGAGUAAGUGGAAGAUGAGGGAAAUUGCGAAGGAGUUCUGCCUGUUGUGUCGGGGUCUACAGGGAGCAGAGGAUACCACGGAGUACUGAACAGCCUUCGCUUUCCGGACACCCGUCUGAACAUUUUAGACACUUGUGGGAUCAAACACGAAGAGACAAAACGUCUGGGAGGGAAAAUCCCAUUUUUACAGACUUCCAGUGUCACGAGGUCAUGGUUUUUUGUCUAAUUUUAUUAUUCUAUUGUGUAGUUUUUUGUUGCUUUUUUUUUUUAAACGCCUUCACAGGUCACGGGCAUCGUCCCAGGUUUGGUGUGUUUCAGUGCACAGACAAGACAGUAUUAAUGUUAGCUUUAAAAGGUUUUACGUUUGUUGUAAAAGUACCAUCGUGUUAAUUCAUCACAACACCAUAAAAAGAACUAACGAGUUUUCAUAAACUACUAACAGAGAA